UAUGAUCUCACGGAGCAGAGCGACUGUCCCCUGUGCGUUGGCCCUCUGUAGCAUACAAGCCAUGCCUCGGAGAGAAAGGCGCGCCAACUGCGUGUAGUCACAAAAUAGCGCUCCCCGCUUCGCCCAUGCUACGGCUAGUACAUAUACUACCACAGCUACCCGAGGGUAGCCCGCUUGUCGCGUGCUAUGUUCUUCACUCCUGCUCUCCUCGGAAACUUGCUACCCCUCUGAUGGCACACAGCAACUGCUACAUAGUCGUCGGAUCCGAUUUGGCCUGCUGUACCCAGGCCUGCCAUGUUUCGUCAACCGACAUUGCGGCUUAGGCUGCUUGCUUCGCCGCCCUUGAUUCUGAAGCGGGGUGCUUCCCGUCACAGUGUUCGAGCCGAGCAGACAAUCAAAUCGAAGAGGGACCUUCCGAAAACGUCCUGGACCUCGAGCCGAGUGUUCCUCCUCGCCUCGCUGAUCGGAGCCACAGCUUAUUUCGGCGGCAUCAACCAUGACGUUGAGCGCUUUCCACUGCCCUGGCGCCGCUCCAAGGCGCCUCAGUAUGCCUCAAAAUCACAGAUGGAGAAGGCAAUUGUGGAGCUGAGGUCGGCCCUGGGUGAAGAUGCCAUUAGCACAGACGAUGAAGAUCUGCUUCGUCACGGCUACUCAGAAUGGUCGUCCAUCAACAUUGAUCAGCUACCCGUGGCUGUGGCGUAUCCUCAAUCUACAGAAGAAGUAUCGAUGAUCGCAAAGACCUGUCUCAAAUAUAAGAUACCCAUGAUACCGUACUCUGGUGGAUCAAGCUUAGAGGCCAAUUUCUCUGCACCUUACGGUGGCAUGAGCAUCGAUUUCACGCAUAUGGACAGGAUUCUAGCUCUACAUGCUGACGAUAUGGAUGUGGUUGUGCAACCCUCUGUCUCGUGGAUGAGCUUAAACGAAGAUAUCAAGGACUCUGGUUUAUUCUUUCCUGUCGAUCCUGGCCCAUCCGCAAAAAUUGGUGGUAUGGUAGGAACCAGUUGCAGUGGUACGAAUGCCGUCCGGUAUGGGACUAUGAAAGAUUGGGUUAUCAAUCUGACCGUGGUUCUUGCCGACGGAAAGAUUAUCAAAACAAGGAAACGGCCGCGCAAAUCUGCUGCCGGGUAUAAUUUGACAAACUUGUUCAUAGGCUCCGAGGGUACACUCGGCAUAGUUACAGAGAUCACGCUCAAGUUAACGGUAGUACCCCAGGAGACAAGCGUGGCGGUCGUGACAUUUCCUACGAUUCGUGAUGCGGCAGCUGCAGCAUCGAAGGUCAUGCGAGCGGGAAUACCAGUGGCAGCGAUGGAAAUAAUGGACGACGUGCAAAUGGGCGUAGUCAACAAGGCAGGCUCUACAACCAAAAAGUGGAAAGAAAUGCCUACCAUGUUUUUCAAGUUCUCUGGCACUAAAGCAGGGGUACAAGAGAACGUCAAACUGGUCAAGGCGAUUGCCAAGACACACAAAAGCGGUGAUUUUGAAUUCGCAGUCGAUGCCCAAGAGCAGAAGACUCUGUGGUCAGCCAGGAAAGAGUCGCUCUGGAGCAUGCUUGCGCUUCGCCGGGAAGGUGACGAGGUCUGGUCGACUGAUGUCGCCGUGCCUCUCUCACGGCUACCUGAUAUAAUCGAGGUCUCAAAGACAGAACUGGAUUCUCUGGGCCUAUUUGCGAGCAUCCUCGGACACAUUGGAGACGGAAAUUUCCACGAGAGUAUCAUGUACAACAGCAAGGACCCCAAAGAAAGAGCCGCCGUUGAGAAGUGUGUCAAAGAUAUGGUAGAUCGUGCUCUCGAGAUGGAAGGCACGUGCACAGGAGAACAUGGUAUCGGCUUGGGUAAGAAGGAUUCGCUCAUGAAGGAGUUGGGGCUUGAUACGAUAAACGUCAUGAAGAGCAUCAAGGGCGCGUUGGAUCCGCAUUGGCUGAUGAACCCGGGGAAAAUCAUGGACGUGCCGUCCUGAAAGAUGCAUGAGGAUGGAGUUUGCCUUUCUCGGUUUUUCACUUGUCUCCUCCAAAAGCCCCUUCAAAAGCAUCUGCAGGUCAUGCGUUCUCAAUAUUGCAUAUAGAAGGGGAUGCUUGUGUGAUUUGAAAAUGCGAAUCGAUUUGUU